AAGCCGACCGAUUACUAAUCUUGCCGUUUCAAUGAAGAAACGCAAGUUUUUACAUCCUUCAACGAGGACGCUUAGUCUACACAAAAUUUCAAAAAUUCACAUCACAAAUAGAGCCGUAAGGCUAAUAUCCGGUGUAAUAAGUUCGCCUACCAGCGAAAAUCACCGGGAAAAAAAAUUUCAGUAG